AUGGCGAGGCGGACUGCGGAGGCUCAGACGCCGAGGACUCGCGCUGCUUUCCGGGAUAAACACCUUCCCCUCCGCGGCGGCUCGGUGGCUUUUUCGUGGCGCCUCGCUUUGAUUUGCUCGGCUCUCUCUUGCGGAUACUGCGGAGCCGAGACGGAGUUUUCCAUCCUGGAAGAAGCGCAAGUUUUGGCGGAGCAAAUGAAAAAGCUGUCCUCACAGGAGCUGGGAGUUUUCACGAUGCAGAGGAUUUUCAACUCAUUCGUGUACACGGAGAAGACAUCAAACGGAGAGACAGAAGUUCAGCAGUUGGCCAAGAAGAUUCGGGAAAAGUUUAACCGCUACCUCGAUGUGGUGAACAGAAACAAGCAGGUGGUGGAGGCGUCCUACACGGCCCACCUCACCUCUCCUCUGACAGCGAUACAGGACUGCUGCUCCAUACCUGCAUCUAUGAUGGAGUUUGAUGGAAACUUCAAUACCAACGUGUCGAAGACCAUCUGCUGUGACAGACUUUCCCCCACAGUCAACAGCAGAGCAUUCAACCCGGGACGAGACCUCAACUCAGUGUUGGCAGACAACCUGAAGUCCAACCCAGGGAUAAAGUGGCAGUACUUCAGCUCAGAGGAGGGCAUCUUUACCGUCUUCCCCGCCCACAAGUUCCACUGCAAAGGAAACUACGAACAUCGCAGCCGGCCUGUGUACGUCUCUGCAGUGCGUCCACAAUCCAAACACAUUGUGGUGAUGGUCGACCAUGGAGCGUCUAUAACAGAUUCACAGCUUCAGAUCGCCCGUGAUUCUGCUCUUGUGAUCCUUAAUUCCAUCGACGAACACGAUAAGAUCUCCAUCCUGUCUGUGGCAGAAGCGGUCCGCUCCUGCUCUCUGGACCAGUGUUACAAGAGCCUGCUGUCUCCGGCCACUAGCGAGACUAAGAGGAAGAUGAGCACCUUCAUCUCUAACAUCAAGGCCUCUAAUGGAGCCACGCAGCAUGCAGUUGGCUUCCAGAAGGCUUUCCAGCUGCUCCGCAACACCAGCAGCCUCAGCAAGCAGAGCUCCACUACAGAUAUGGUCAUCAUCUACCUUUCAUCUGGCGUUACGUCUCGAGAAUCGUCCGAGCUGGAGAAGAGAGCGACGCUCAGCGUGGUCAGAGAGGAGAACCGACACCUCAACAACUCCGUCAUGAUCCUCACUUACGCUCUUAUGAACGAGGGAGUCACGGGCUUGAAGGAGCUGGCCUUCCUCAGAGACCUCGCCGAACAGAAUUCCGUCAAGUACGGCGUCGACCGAGCGUUGGAAAGGGAGCGCGGAUCGGCCGGAGCCCCCAUGAUGCCGGUGGUGAAGGGCAGCAUGAUGGUGCUGAACCAGCUGAGCAACCUGGAAACAUCAGUGGGACGCUUCUACAUCAACCUGCCCAACCGCAUGAUUGACUUGGUGCGCUUCAGCCUGCCCUACUCCGACCCCAUGGGGGAUGGCUUCAUCAUGACUGUGAGCCGGCCCUGUUACUUCGGUAACCUGCUCCUCGGUGUGGUCGGAGUGGAUGUGAACCUGGCUUACAUCCUCGAGGACGUCACCUACUACCAAGACUCACUGGCUUCUUAUACAUUUCUCAUUGACAACAAAGGUUACACCUUGAUGCAUCCAUCUUUGACCAGACCAUACCUAAUGACAGAGCCGCCCCUGCAUACUGAUAUUAUCCACUACGAGAACAUCCCAGGAUUCCCUGUUGUCCGACACAACAUCCUCAGCCUCCCUUUAGGCAGUCAGAUCAUUGCUGUGCCCGUCAACUCUUCCCUUUCCUGGCACACAAACCGGUUGAGGGACAACAGCAAAGAUGCUUACAAUGUCAGCUAUGCCUGGAAACUGGUCCAGGACACAUCUUUUAUUCUGUGCAUCGUGUACAUCCAGCCAGAGAUCCCAGUGAAGCAGCUGAAGAACCUGAACACGGCACCCAGCUCUAAGCUACUGUACCAUCGCUUAGACCUGUUGGGCCAACCCAGCUCCUGCCUGCACUUCAAGCAGCUCGCCACUGUCGAAUCCCCCACAGUGAUGCUGUCUGCUGGUAGCUUCUCCUCUCCAUAUGAACAUCUCAGUCAGCCGGAGACGAAGCGGAUGGUGGAGCACUACACGGCCUACCUCAGUGAUAACACCAGGCUUAUUGCCAACCCAGGCCUCAAGUCCUCUGUCAGGAACGAGGUUAUGGCAACCAGUCAUGUUACGGAUGAGUGGAUGACACUAAUGGAAAUGAGUAGCCUCAACUGCUACAUUGUGCGCCGUUACAUAGCAACGCCCAGCGGGGUGCUCCGGAUUUACCCAGGAUCGCUGAUGGACAAAGCGUUCGACCCGACCCGCAGACAAUGGUACCAGCAUGCUGUGGCUAACCCGGGCCUCAUCACCUUCACCGGUCCCUAUCUGGAUGUUGGCGGCGCAGGAUACGUCGUCACCAUCAGCCACACUAUUCAUGCCUCCAGCUCUCAGAUGGCCCCUGGGUAUGCAGUUGCAGUGAUGGGUAUAGACUUUACUCUUCGCUACUUCUAUAAGGUCCUGCUGGAUCUGCUGCCCAUCUGCAACCAGGAUAAAGGCCAUAAGAUCAGGUGCUUUAUAAUGGAGGACAGAGGAUACCUGGUUGCUCACCCAACCCUCAUUGACCCAAAGGGUCAUGCCCCAGCAGAACAACAGCACAUCACUCACAAGGAGCCACUCGUGGCCAAUGACAUCCUGAACCAUCCAAACUUUGUCAAGAAAAAUCUUUGCAACAGCUUCAGCGACCGGACAGUGCAGCGCUUCUACAAGUUCAACACCAGCAUAGUGGGAGACCUCACAAACCUCGUCCAUGGCAGCCAUUGCUCCAAGUAUCGCCUGACUAGAAUCCCUGGCACCAAUGCAUUUGCUGGCAUUGUCAAUGAGACGUGUGACUCGCUGGCUUUCUGCGCCUGCAGCACGGUGGACCGCCUCUGCCUCAACUGCCACAGGAUGGAGCAGAAUGAGUGUGAGUGUCCAUGUGAGUGCCCUCUGGAGGUCAAUGAGUGCACAGGCAACCUCACCAAUGCUGAGAACAGGAACCCCAGCUGUGAGGUGCAUCAAGAACCAGUCAGCCUGAAUGUGAUUGAUCCCGGUCUGCACGACACCCUGCCGCAGUGCAUCAACACCCGCUGCAGCCAGAGAUACUCCAGCAGUGACUGUUUCGGUGUCCUGGACUGUGAGUGGUGCAUGGUGGACAGCGACGGUAAGACCCACCUGGACAAGCCGUACUGCGCCCUGCAGAAGGAGUGCUUUGGAGGCAUCGUUGGAGCCAAGAGUCCAUAUGCAGACGGUCUGGGUCUUAUUGAUGAGGAAGUGGCAUCCUUGAACAUGAUCAAGAGCGCCCCUGUGGGUCCGGUCGCUGGGGGCAUCAUGGGAUGCAUCAUGGUGCUGGUGCUGGCCGUGUACGCCUACAGACAUCAGAUCCACAGACGCUCACACCAGCACAUGUCACCACUUGCUGCACAGGAAAUGUCUGUGAGAAUGUCCAACCUCGACAAUGAAAGAGACGAGAGAGACGAAGACAGUCAUGAAGACAGAGGAAUCAUCAGUAACACCAGAUUCAUAGCUGCAGUCAUUGAGAGACACACUCACAGUCCUGAACGGAGACGGAGGUACUGGGGCCGAUCAGGGACAGAGAGCGACCACGGCUACAGCACCAUGAGUCCACAGGAGGACAGCGAGAAUCCGCCCGGAAACAACGACCCCCUCUCGGCAGGGGUCGACGUCGGUAACCACGACGACGACAUGGACCUGGACACGCCCCCUCAGACAGCCGCGCUGCUGAGCCACAAGUUCCACCCGUACCGACACGUGCACACCCACCACCACCCGCUGCACACGCAGACACAUCACCUGCAGGCCGCCGUGACUGUGCACAGCGUGGACGCAGAGUGCUGAUGCUCCAGGGGAUUGAACUAGUUUUUAAUAAAAGACUAUUUUUGUAAAACAUUUGAGUUUAAUGAGACGAUCCACACUGUGUACUUCAAGGUUCAGAUGAGUGGAGGAAGAUUACCACAGCUGGACCCAGUACCUCAGAGCUGCUCGGAUUCGCACUCUGAAUUAUGAAUGAUGCCACAAUGUGUCGUCGUGGCAACAUCUUCUUUCUCUCAUCCCCUCUUUAAUUCAGCCUAACUUAAAGCACAUGCAUAAGGCAGCCCUGCGCCAGUACGUGUAAGCAGUUGGGAUUUCCAGUUUUUUCCAUUUGAAGGAUUCAGAACUCACAAUUUUAAUGAGAACAGGAAACAACUGGAGCCCAAAAACUUUGAGCAGAGACACAAAUCUUUCAAGGUUGGGUCCAGUAUGGAACUUUCUUGACUAUAAAUCCAGCCCAAAAUAGGUGGCACCCCUUCAAAGGGCUCUUGCCCAGAGAUUCACACCAGGGGUCAGCAUAUCUGAAAAACAGAAAAAAAUAUAUUUUUUACUCCCUAACAAAGAGCUGCGUCUAGUGGAACUCUAACGUUACUUUUCUCUCAACUUUCUGGUCUCCAGAGUUUAUCUGGGAGUUGUAGCCUUUCUCCAAAAAAGAGGCUUCUGGUGUCAUCCAACAUGCUGUCGGGUGAUACCUGAACACUUUCAUGAAUGUUUGUGAAUGUCAACAUAGGGAAGAAAAUUCUUCAACAUUUUGCAUAAAUACAUAAACACUUUAUGAGUACAAUAUUAUUUUUCUACUAUUUAUUAAAGACGUAGAUCUUCAAGAGCUGACAAAGCAGUGAGGCAGUAAGUAAUUUUGCAAACAGCGCAUCAGAUUUAAGGCUCAUUACUUUUGCUUUUUUUCUGCCCUGAAAAUAUAAAAGAAAAACACCAUUACAUUUUUAGAUCUAUUUUUACUGUCAUCAUAGGUUAAAUGAAACUGUUUUUUUUAAUUGCAACAAUAUUUUUAUAUUGUGACAUUUUUCACAAAUUAUUCAUUUUCAGUCUCGUUCCAUUUGCAGCUCAUAAGGAGUUGGCUCUUUGGAUUAUAAAGGUUACACAUCCCUGACAUAGAUGAUGAAAUAAAAUUAGUUUUAAAGCUUGUUACCUUAUGAUAAUCAGAUUAUGCAGCAGUAAAGAUACCAGUUUAAUAUCAAUUUAAGAUGUUCUCUCUGUCAAACUUGAGAGGAAACGGAAUGAAUUGCAAGUAUUUUUUUGUGCCAUUUUCAAGCUUAUUAUGGUGAGAACAAACUCAUGUUAAACUCAAAACAUCAUUAAACAUGUUAAAAUUGUGUAAGAAGCUUAAUUUGGGGGUGAAAAAAUUAAGACAGUGAGCCUUAUUCUGUGUCAUGACAUGUAGCACAUAUUUCAGUUUUCCCGAGGUAUGUGUAUUGUUGUUCAGAUGAAGCAUUUUCGAUGGAGGUGGAAAAUUAUUCUCCACAACUAAGACAGAAUUUUUUGUGCUCGUUUAAAAGAAAAAGAAAUAUAAGUUCAACCUUUGGUAGAUGGAGGAGCAGCAGCUGAAGCCAGCACCAGCAAAAAACCAUUCCUGGCUUUAGUCACUGCCGGGGAGAUUUGUGUCAGGAUGAUAAUUGGGGGAUCCUUUAAGAGUUCCUGGCGUAGGCGGACAUUUUCUGUCCUGAAUAGAAAAGCGGGAGAGGACGUUGUCUCACUACAACCUUUUUGCCUUUGAGGCCAAGCUGAUGCUGCAUGUGCUGCGUGUGAAGGCUGUGUGCAUCGACGUCGUUCUUAUCAGAAUGGAAGGAAAGGAACGCUGCUGCUGGGCAGAGGUUUACACCCGACUGUCGGCUCCUCUGUGGUUAACCACUCAAACUGUUCGUUUGUUUUUAUGUGUUUGUGUGUGUCAGAGAAAAUGACAAUGUGUGAUGAAUGUGUAAUUAUCCACCAGAAACACUUUCCUUGAAAGCAUUAUUUUUUUAAAAUAGUGUUAGAGAAUAAUAGCUGAAUUUAUUAUGAAUGAAAAUUCUCUGUUUCUCCCGAGAGGUUGCUUCUUUCCGUGCUUUUGUUUUGAUCAGAUCCUGUUGGUGUGGCAUCUUAUGGAUGCCAAGAUGUCUAUUGUUCUGCAGAGAUUCAUUAUAAAGUGUAAAUACAGAGUCAUGAAUAGUUAUUAAUGUCCUGUACACUCAUUUAAAAAAACAGCAAAUGUUGAUAUUCAGAUAUUGAAUCGUCUGUUCAUGGUGUCUCGCUAUAUUUUUGAUGCCUUGGAUGUUUUUCUUUUAUUUUUUAGGCUUAUUUUUCUUUAGGUCCAUAUUGGAUGGAAGUCAGUACUUGGGAUUUUAAUACACAGUUUAUGUUUAAGAGAAUUGUAGUUUUUAAAGGUUUAUUAUUGUGUGUCUUUGAAAACUAUGUAAAAUACAGAACAACUCUCCACACACUAAAUUAGAUUCGACAGUUUUUCAUUAACGACCAAACCAAAUGUUUCUGCCUAACUUUUAAUGUGUUUCACUUUUUUUCCUUUGAGAAGAAAACUCUACAGAAGAGUUGCAUCUUUUGAUUCGAGUGGAACAGGCAUACAGAAAAUGGAAGCUUUUUUCCCUACAAACUGAAAUCUACACCUUUUUGUUUCAGCAGUAUUUCCAAACAGGCUUAAAAAAUAGUGUGUUUAUACAGAACACAGAAUUACAAGUUAUUGACUGAAGGAACAUGUGUACGUCACCCAACCCCGCUCCCAAUGUAUCGUAUACAGUUAACUGAGAUUAAUUGCAAUGUGAAUGUGAUAAAGUGCAUUUUACAGUUAAA